AUGAAACCGUCGUCUCAACCGGUUAAGACAAGGGGUGCUCCGAAGAAAGUGAAGUCUACGCCGAAUGACAACUCAAUUACACGAGAUUCUUUAUAUUGUGAGCAUGUCGACAAACUCUUUCCCAACUCACGUACUCCUAAAUCUCAAAAAAGUUCAAACAAAGGAGCUCGCAUUAGCAAACCGCCUCCUACACCUAUUGCUCCAAAAGUUUCAACUCCGACACCUAUUGCCACAAAAAUUCCAUCAAUUAAUGAGGUAUAUAUUGCUCCAAAAAAUCCAUCAAUCGAAGAGGUGCAUAUUGCUCCAAAAAUUCCAUUCAUCGACGGGAUGCCGAUUUUUAUGCACAAAUACAUUGACUGGAUCGUCAAUGUGGUUGGGGACGGUAAUUGCGGAUUUCGGGCCGUAUUGGCUUUGCUUGGUAAGGGAGAGGAUGGCCAUAAGGUUGUCCGUCAUGAAAUUAUCGAAGAGUUGAUGAACCAUAAAGACUCGUACACGCGGGUAUUUGGAGACGAAGCUAUAUUUGAAUCGGUUCACGAAGCUAUUUUUACUUGGUUGGGCGCUUAUGCGCCGACUUUAAAAUGGAUGAGAUUCCCGGAAAUGGGACAUCUUAUUGCAUGCGCAUAUGCCAUACUAUGCAUUGACUUGAAAGAAUAUGGUUUUUCGGAAACCUUUUUUUCGCUCUGCACCGCACCUCCUACAAAUCUGAAUGAUCGUAUUAUGUGUGUUAGAUGGCUCGCAAAAUCAAAACAUUUUAUGCAAGUUUACUUGAAACCGGGAUGCCUCAUACCACCUACGUCACUGAAAUGGGCACUUCAUCAUAUCGAAGUUGUCGAUACGUGGCCGGAUCGUUUUGUGGAUAUGAUGCACGAUUUCGAAAGGUUGAACAACAUCAAAAAGGAAUCAAAUGCCGAAAAGUCAAGAUUAGAACCUCCAAUUGAUUUAGCCGGCGACAGUUCUUUUGAUGUAUAUAUCUAA